AUGGAUGGAGUAUUUGCUGUUAAUAAACAGUCUGGUGCCACUUCAAGGGCGGUUUUGGACCAACUGAAUCGAAUACUAUCUUCGUCUAAGGUCUCUCAAGAGUCGUUACAAAAGUUACAAAACACCAGAAAACAAGCACAGGGUAAGCAACGUAUCAAAAAAUGGAAAACAACAAAAUUAAAGAUGGGACAUGGUGGUACACUUGAUCCCUUAGCGUCGGGUGUUUUGGUCAUUGGUGUUGGUUCAGGGACUAAGAAGUUGGGUGAUUACACCAACGGCUCUGUGAAAAAGUAUGAGUGUGUUGGGCUUUUGGGCGGAUCAACGACGACAGGAGACAGCGAGGGUGAGCUACUACUGAAAACUGAGGUUGAUCAUAUUACCAAUGAUUUACUUGAACAGACCAAGGAAAGAAUGGUUGGAACUUUAGACCAAACACCUCCAAUUUUCAGUGCUUUGAAAAUGGAUGGUAAAAGGUUAUACGAGUAUGCCAGAGAGGGGUUGCCUUUACCUCGCCAGAUUAAAAGUAGAGAAGUCAAGAUUACCGAUAUGGAUAUCAAGAAUGAUACUUUAACAUCGGAACACGAAUAUGUCUUCUUAAAGAGUGAAGUAGAUGAAAACGGAAAAACACUUGCCGAACAAUUAGCCAACAACCCAACGUUGAACGACCAUCCUGUUCCGUUUUCCAGAGAAUGGAAAGAAAAACAUAAAAAUGACAAUUUGCUACCGUUGGAAAUGCGUAUAAUAAAGGAUUCUAAGAUGUAUGAAGACGAAGAAUACCGUGCCCCUUUACUUCACUUUGAUGCGACUGUUUCAUCAGGUACCUAUAUCAGAUCUUUGUUAAGUGAUAUGGGACGGGCCGUUGGGUCGAGCGCUUACAUGGUUAAGUUGGUCAGGUGGAAGCAAGCUGAGUGGGAGCUUAAUAAAAACGUUUUUGAGAUGGAAGAUUUCAUCAAAUACGGCGAAGAGAUUUGGGCUCCUGUCUUAGAAAAAGUUCUGAGUUCUAGGGAUGGUAAUGUCAACGUCAGGGAGGAGAUGGAGAAAUCUAUCAAGGCCCAUCCAGAAGCAGUAAAGCUUGAAGCUGAAAAGGUCGAAGGAGAAGAGGAAGAAGAGGGAAAGAAAAAGCAAAAAUUAGAACUUAGUGAAGAUUACGGGGAACCUUCUUCGAAAAAGCUAAAAACCUAA